AUGAUCCCCCAGCGCAGUGUCCUUCGCCUCGCCCAGCGUUCCGCUCCGGUUCGCUCUGCCAUCCAGCGCCGCUUCAACAGCACCGACAAGCUGCCUUCCUGGGCCGUUGACAACGAGUUCAACCGCGAGCGAGCUGCCGUCAAGCACCACGCCGCUUCCACCAGCAGUCUCUGGCUGAAGCUCUCCAUCUUCGCCGUCAUUCCCUGCCUCGUCGGUGGUGGCUACAACGCCUACGUUCAGUGGCACGAGCACUGGGAGCACUGGGAGCACAUGACUCCUCUGGAGGAGCGCACCGAGUACCCCUACCAGAACAUCCGCACCAAGAACUUCCCUUGGGGAGACGGUGACAAGACCAUCUUCUGGAACUCCAACGUCAACUACCACAACAAGGACAAGACUUCCUAA